GCCGCCGGGCGCGGCGGAAGCGGCGCGGGAGGCAGGGCGGGAGGCAGGGCCUGAGGCGGCCGCCGCCGCCGCCGGGGAUGCCGCGGCCCGCUCGGCCCGGCCCGCGCCGCUGCUGCCCGCUGCGGCCGGCGGGGGCCGCGCGCGGCGAUGGUGCCGUGGGGGGCGGUGCUGUGGCGCAGGCUGCUGCGGAAGCGCUGGGUGCUCGGCGUCGUCUUCGGGCUCUCGCUCGUCUACUUCCUCAGCAGCACCUUCAGGCAGAAAGGACCGUGCGAGACCGCAAUCUCCUCCAAGUGCAAGAGCACGAGCAGCCCAUCGUGUGGAAGGUGCAGUUCAGCCUGGGGAACAGCAGCCAGCUGAGUAACCAGUGCAGGAAUUCGGUGCAGGGGAAGCUCCUCAUUACGGACGAGCUGGGCUACAUCUGUGAGAGGAAGGACCUGCUAGUCAAUGGCUGUUGUAAUGUCAAUGUGCCUAGUACAAAGCUGUACAGCUGCGACAGCUGCCUUCCCAACGGCUGCUGCAGCGUGUACGAGUACUGCGUUUCCUGUUGCCUGCAGCCCAACAAACAACACCUCCUGGAACGUUUCUUGAACCGGGCAGCUAUAGCUUUCCAAAACCUCUUCAUGGCAGUAGAAGAUCGCUUUGAGUUGUGUCUGGCAAAAUGUAGAACUUCAUCACAGAGCGUGCAGCAUGAAAACACCUAUAGAGAUCCUAUUGCAAAGUACUGCUAUGGCGAGUAUCCCCCAGAGCUUCUGCCUGUUUGAAAGCUGCAUGAUCUGAACAACAAGGGGAAGGAGCUGGAGACUGGAAUCCAAAAGAGCAAGGCAACAGCUGUUGCUUUACAGGAGCUUCAGUGUGAAUGGUUUAUGAUGUUUUCAGGGACAAACCCAGAACUGUGCAGUGUAAGGAAGGGACUUGAAUUCUCUGGGAUUGGAUCUUGCUUUCUUCAGUUGUUACAUGACUGCUUUAGAGCGCUAGGAGGACGUUUGAAUACUGAAAUACUUACUCUAAACAAAUAGCUAGCAUUUUAGGAUGCACGGAGUGGAUUUAGGUUAUAAAACAUUGUAGAAAAAAUAUCUAAUGUAGCUUUGCAGUUGUGCAUGAAGGUUCAAUUGUGUCACUGCAGUCCAGAGACUUUGCAGAUUGACAGCAAUAGAGGAUUUUUGCUUUUGGAGGGUAAAGCAUGCCUGUUGCGCUUCUCUCUCUGGAGCGCUUUGACAUGCAUGGUGUACACUACACAUGUAAUUAUGAAUUAUUUAUUCAGUUUAUAUGGAUUGCUAGCUGAAAGUAUUGAUGUUUCACAUAGCUAGUUGUUGAUGCCUUUCAGUUCCUAUUUCAUUAUAUUGGGUAGAAAGGAUAUUUUACAUCCUGACUAAAAUUGCUUAUUUUUUUCCUCUCUUCUCCUUAGCUUCAAGGAUUUGUAUUAGGAUCACUAUAAUGCUUAUGUUCCUCCUAGGUGAGUUUAAAACACUCAGAACUCCAAUGGAGUUGUUAUUCUGUCAAAGUCCCAUAACAUGAGAGGACAGCAGGGUUUCACCCGGGAUGACGUGUGUGUUGUCUGUGGUGCUUUCCUCAUUGCUCUGCAACAGUUUCCUCAAAGAAGAGUCUUAAUCUUAUGAACAGCUCUCUGCUAGUCCAUUUUCUCACUGGGAGCACUGAAGAUUUGGUUGCUUGAAUUUAUUCAUGUCCUGGUAAUUCUAAUGUACUUUACUCCUGGUUGUGCAGGUCCUGGUUGUGCAGGUGGCAAAGGGUGGAGUUGUUCUAGGAUCCCAGUUUAACAAAAUGUCCUUGCAUAUUAAGUAAUUACACUAGGAAGUCUGAACAUUGUGCAAGCCCUCCGGUGAGGACAGCUGUGUCGUAGGAGUUCAGUUAAACAGCCAUGACGUUUUGAUUUGCAGCACGACAUACUUGCUAUUCUUAAACUUCUGUCUUGUCAGAACCGUACUAGAAGACAGUGUUGGUUCUCGCAUCGAUUUCCUAUAAUUCCCUAAAGUUGCAGUUUAAACCAUCUCCUUCUAAAGGCUAAGUAAGGCUAUACAACAGGGAGUAGAUUUUAGAGAAGCUGUAGAAUAUUGACUAAAUUUGUAUUCUUCCUGAAAGUCAGUAUGUGAGGUCCAAGCACUAGACAAAAAACAUGGAUUAUUUUCUUUUUUUACAUAUAUAGAAAGCUUAAUUUUCCUUAUUUUUACCUCAGCCAUCUCUGUGCAGCUAGGGCAUGAUUCCAUGAUUUUUGACUUUGUGUACGCUUGUUUGAACUGGCACUUUCUAUUGCCUGUCUGAGAUAAAAACAAUCUACAGAGGCUUAAAAAAAUUGAACACUCUGGAGUAUCCUGGUGCAAAGACUAUCUGAAGAAUGCUUUUGCAGGAUAUUCUCUCGUGCUUAUAAUUAAACCUGCAUGUGACACAAACAAGAAGUAGUGUUAUCGGGCAUCUGAUAAAAUCCACUUAUAUUGUUUUCAUUGUUCUUUCCCAGAAGUCAUCAAGUGAGAUAAUGGUUCUGUCAGCAGAUUCCCUUGAAAAUCUUGUUUCUCCAAAGCUUAAAAGCCUUAGCAGUUUAUCCAGUCGCGUACCUCUCUCCCCUUUGCUGCCAUCCUAUGGCAACUUGCUGCAGCAGACAUGAUGCAGUAUGAAAUGCUGUCUUGAGAGGCUAGCAGAGGUUAUUCACUUCCCUUUUCAGUGUUAAACAGAUUUUUCACUCCUGUUCCACCAUUUCAUAACUGGUUUUCUCAGAGAAAGCAGUCAGGUUGCUCUGUUGUACCAUUCCUACUGAGCUGUAUUCCAGCACUUCAUGUCAUUGCACUACUACUGAUGAGAUCAAGAUACUGUUGGAUUACUAUCACUUUCUUUUCCAACUCAGUAUUAAUUCCUUGGCUGAUUAUACCACUGCUUGAAGCAGCGAUGGUAAGAAAUCAUAAGAACUAACCUGAUUCAGACUUCUGUGAGAAUUCCUGGCCUCUGUCUCUUCCAGAAAAAUAGGUGAUUAGAAGUAUAUCGUGACCAUUGUCCUUUCGCUUGGACAGAAACUGCGUCUUCCCUCCCUGGUUAUCAAGCUGUUUAAAUCCUGUCUAUCCUAUAUGUUAAGUCAUUAAAAAUGUAUCUGUGUUCUAAAA